CAAGAAAUAAGAAUGACGUGAGUAUAUAAAAAAACGAAGGGCUUCUUCUUCAGAGAGUUCAUCCCCAUCUUCUUUUAUUCUUCCACCUCACUCAGUUUCUUCCUUCUCUGACACCCAUCUUUCUCUUCUCUUUCCUCUUGCGCUGUGUUGUAUAAUCCUUUGCGAGAAGUAUGGCUCUUUUUGUGGAUAGAACGGCCGACACAGAGAUGCAUAUUCUUGAAAAUGCUGAUGACAUGCGUAGCGAUUUGGCUGAGUAUAUUGCAGAAUUAUCAGAGGCUUCUAUAAAAGAGCGGGGCGUUUUUGCCAUUGCUUUAUCUGGUGGUUCACUUAUCUCCUUCAUGGGAAAGCUCUGUGAAGCCCCUUACAACAAGACUGUUGAUUGGGCCAAGUGGUAUAUAUUUUGGGCCGACGAGCGAGUGGUUGCCAAAACACAUGCUGAUAGCAAUUAUAAGCUUGUGAAGGAUGGUCUCUUGUCCAAGGUGCCUAUUGUUCAUAGCCACGUGCAUUCCAUCAACGACUCAGUGACUGCAGAAAAAGCCGCGGAGGACUACGAGUUUGUCAUCAGACAGCUAGUUAGGACCCGUGUGAUCAAUGUGUCCGAAAUUAACGACUGUCCGAGAUUUGACCUAGUCCUCCUUGAAAUGGGCCCAGAUGGUGAUGUUGGUUCUCUAUUUCCUAAUCACCCUGUGCUUAAAGAGAAAGAGCAAUGGGUCACUUUUAUAACAGAUUCACCCAAGCCCCCACCUGAGAGAAUCACAUUUACUUUGCCCGUCAUAAAUUCUGCUUCCAAUGUUGUUGUAGUCGCCACUGGUAGGAGCAAAGCAGACAUUGUGCACUUGGUGUUCGAUGAAUUCUAUUCAGAAUUGCCUGCAAGGAUGGUCCAGCCAAUCAAUGGCAAAUUGGCGUGGUUUAUGGAUCAAGGAGCUGCCUCAAAAAUUGGACAUAAGAGUUGAGCAUUUAUUGAGGAUGCCUACUGUUUUAUGUAGUGUCGAACGUGGAAGCUUUGCCUGUUUUCACCUGUCCCGUGAAGGCUUUUUGCUUUCCCUGAAUUUCUAUUUCCAAAAAGUACAAGAAAAGAACAUUCUCUCAUGC